UCGUCGUUUCCUUGAUUCUUUUGGAAUUUUAGACACAAGAUCAUUUCUUUUAUGUAUUUUUUGUUUUGAAUUUGGUUUCUCAUUGCAUGAUCAAUCUCCAUUCAUGAAGAGAAGGUUUAAAAUUUUAUAAAGAAAUCUUGUGAAGGUGCGAUCUUCGAUCUUUCUCCAGUCUUUCUCCAUUGAUGAAGAACGGGUCUAAAAUCUUAUAAAGAAUGGGGGUGUUAGAUUCUUUGUUGGGGAGAGAUGGGAAGAAGUUUAUGAAGAGAAAAGACAGUGACGCAGGAGAACAAGGAAGAGCACUGGAAGAGCUUCGGAGUGCCAUGUACAAUGAUUUGCAUACUUCCGAAGGAGCAAAACGUCAACAACAGCGAAAUUGUGGCCCUUCUGUUGCAUUGACAUUUAAUUUCAUGGUUGCUGUCGGAAUAAUCAUGGCAAACAAACUUGUCAUGGGGAGAGUUGGUUUCAAUUUUCCAGUCGCUCUCUCAUUAAUUCACUAUGCAACAGCAUGGUUACUCAUGGCUAUCCUCAAGGGUCUUUCCAUGCUCCCUGCUUCACCUCCAUCGAAGUCAACACCGUUUUCUUCUUUAUUUGCCUUAGGUGUUGUGAUGUCUUUUUCGACCGGGCUCGCAAAUAUUAGCUUAAACCAUAACAGUGUAGGGUUCUACCAGAUGGCUAAGAUUGCCGUCACUCCCACCAUUGUUCUGGCUGAGUUUAUACUUUUCAGGAAAAAGGUUUCUAUUCAAAAGGUUUUAGCACUGACAGUGGUAUCGAUCGGUGUGGCAGUUGCAACUGUCACUGAUCUACAACUUAAUUUUUUUGGUGCUUGUGUAGCUUUAGCUUGGAUUGUUCCUAGUGCCAUAAAUAAGAUACUUUGGUCUAAUUUGCAACAAACCGGAAAUUGGACUGCUCUCGCGUUAAUGUGGAAAACUACUCCUGUUACAAUCUUCUUCUUACUGGCUUUGAUGCCUUUGUUGGACCCUGCCGGUGUUUUAUUGUUCAAUUGGAACUUUAACAACACUUCAGCUAUUUUCACAUCUGCCUUGUUCGGCUUUCUCCUUCAAUGGUCAGGGGCUUUGGCACUCGGUGCAACAUCUGCAACCACACAUGUUGUCUUAGGACAGUUCAAAACAUGUGUGAUUUUGCUCGGCGGUUACCUGCUUUUCAAUUCCGACCCUGGAACUGUCAGCUUGUGUGGUGCCAUUGCCGCAUUGUGUGGAAUGUCGGUAUACACUUACCUUAACCUGAACCGAUCUCACGAAUCAACAACAUUGUCGAAAGAACUUCCAAUCUGAUAGAAGUCUGACAUGAAGAUCAUCACUGUGCUACCAAUCUGAUAGAAGGAAACAGUACAAAAUUUCCCGGCUAACUUCAUACUUUUUUUUUUUUUUUCUUUUUGUAGUUCAACAUAGUUGUGUAAAGUAGAGUUACAGAUACAUGAAUUUUGAUUGUAAUUUGUCGAUAAUCCGUGGCUAUUGUUUUAUG